AUGUCCAAGGCCGCACAACCCGAGCUCAAAAAGUACAUGGACAAGCGCUUGUUCCUCAACCUGCAGGGCAACCGCAAGCUCUCCGGCGUCCUGCGCGGCUUCGACAUCUUCCUCAACCUCGUCCUCGACGAGGCCCAGGAGGAGAGUCUCGACGGCGGCGAGAAGCGCAAGAUGGGCCUCGUCGUCAUCCGCGGGAACUCCGUCUCGUCCAUCGAGACCCUCGAGGCCGUCCGCUGA